AUGUCUCCACCCCCGAGCCGCGUAUCGGGUCAGAACACCAUCCGCCUGAACUGGGCCGAGAUGAUCUGCUACACUAUCUCCGAGAGCCCCGGCGGCCGCUUGGUGAUCCAAGACCUCUUUGAAGGUAUGUGCCACAAGUUUCCCGAUAUCCGCGAAUGGGCUGCCGGAAAGGACUGGGAAGCUCGUGUGAAGAACCGCAUCAAAUCCACCUUGUCCAUCAAGGGAAACCUGUUUGUCAAGGUCCCACGCCCUUCGAAUGCGAGUGGCAAGGGCAGCUGGUGGACGCUCAGUGCCGAGGCGCAAGGUGCUUAUCGCCAGGGGCGCGUCGCCGAGGCAGUCCGUGGGCAAAACACGAGCAACAACUCGAGCAGUUUGGGGAGCGUGGGCACACAUGGUAAGCACUAUGGCCAAUCGCACCGCAUGAGCCCUGUCGCGAUAGGGCCGAACAGCGGACGCGAACAGCCGAUGCAGGUGACCCACAAUGGCCAAAUGGGCUAUCCCCAGCCGACUACGCCGUCGCUGGAACGCGCGUCUACGCUGCCUGUGUCGUUUGACUACGAUCAAACGUCCCCAGUGAUGACAGACAAGCUCACUUCCAGCUCCUAUCCGGGUGGCCACUCGAUGCAAUCGAUCGAUGCGGUUGUAUCGCCGGUCCUUUCCAAUACCACGACAGGCUAUGCUCCAAUGAACAGUGCCGUGAGCGAUGGGUCGAUGUCGCAAACGACGAUCGGAUCGCCUGGCACGCCAGUCUCUCUGUAUGCAAACUCGCCUGCGAUGGCAGGUAUGCAGCCUUCUUCCUAUCCAUUGAGCUAUGGCCAAGGCAUGGGCCCCAUGAAUGCAGCGCAGAACUUGCCUUUUACAAGCAACCCGCAAGCUCCGAUGGGACACACAAUCAGCCAGCCGAUCCCCUUCCUCAGUCAUGGCCAAGACAUGCAAUUGCCCCUGAAUCUACUCAAUGAUCACUCUGCACAGCAAUUUGGAUCUGACGUCUCGCAAUCCGUGGACGAUUCUGCAUUUGCCAACAUGCUGGGCCGCUCCUUGCAGGACCAACGCCCGCUGUACCCCAACAGCAACGGUAUGCAGGGUGUGGACACGCAGGACCGCCGCAGCAUGAGCGCUUUUUCGUCUCCAAACAGCUUCGUGGACAAUAUGAAUCCAGGCAUGGACUCGGGUAUCCCCGCGCUCUCCUUGCAAGCCCUGGCGAAUCUUGAUGCACGCACGCUCAGCUCGACGCUCGGCUCGCUUAGUAACGAGUCGAUGUUCGACCUGAACAAGUCGCAGCCGAGCAGCGCAACGAGCCUCAACUUUCCCGGGAUGCAGGGCCAAGGCUUAAUGUAUGGGAACACCGAAGACAACCUGCCCAUGCUGCCACAGCUCUGA